AUGGGAGACCUCCCGUCUCCACGCGUCAAUCCGUCGUCUCCAUUUGCUCAUACGGGAGUGGAUUAUGCUGGCCCUUUCUUAGUCACGCCGUUCGUUGGCAGAGGCCAAAAAACCAGAAAAAAUUAUAUAGCUUUGUUCAUCUGCCUCGUCACGAAAGCAAUCCACGUAGAGCUAGUCGAAGACUACUCUAGCGCUGGGUUCCUCGCCGCCUUUCGGCGAUUUGUGAGCCGAAGGGGCUUGCCGUCCAAGCUAUAUAGCGAUAAUGGAACGAACUUCCACGGGGCUGACAAGGAAUUGAACGACGCGUUCAGCGCCUUGAUGAAGGAUUCGUCACUGCACGACAUCCUUGCAAAUGACAAAAUUGAAUGGAACUUCAUUCCGUCUGCGGCUCCUCACUUCGGUGGGCUAUGGGAGGCGGGAAUCAAAAGUCUCAAGUCGCACUUAAAACGAGUCGCCGGUUCGCGAACUCUGUCACAGGCCGAAUUCGCGACGUUAUUAUGCCAAAUCGAGGCGUGCUUAAAUUCGUCGUCCGAUCGCGGCAUUAAGCGACGAUCCGAGUGA